GGGAGUGUGUGGAUUGUUGGUGCUUGUACGGUACCUCUAGACCUGCGUUUUCGCUGCUACGCCUGAGCAGUCCUGUAUUUGCUGCUCUCUGUCUUUCUGUUGCCGUCUCGGACCCCAGACCCUUCGACCCGGCCGCCAGUCAUUCGGUGACCAGGGGUGGAAGCGACCGUCGACUGCCGGGGGGCGAAGAUGCCGGUCUUAUGGGACAGCUUCUCCGCUUCGCUGCCUCCCAUUCCGGAGCAAAGAGAGAACCAGUCCUCCUUCGCUUGGGAGGAGAGCGCUUACCCAGAAGUCGCCAGUCGCGCGGCUGGGCUGGAGAGUUCGGACUGCGAAUCGCUGGAUAGCAGCUUGAGCUCCGAAGGAGAUGCGCAGGAGUACCUGGACGAAGUCUCCUUGCCGGACUUUGACUUGCUGAACGAUCCCGGGGACGAGCUCCUGUGCGCCAAUCUGAUGAAGCUCAUCCAACUCAGCCUGAACAAAGCCAAGAUCCACUCAGGCCGCUCCUGCAAGCUCCUCAUGCCGAGCCAGCUGGUCACCCAAGUGGGCAAGGAGCUGCUUCACUUGGCCUAUAGAGAGCCCUGUGGUUUGAGGGGGGCCCUCAUUGACCUGUGUGUGGAACAAGGGAAGGGGUGCCAUAGUGUGGGGCAGAUUGCUGUGGACCCCAGCCUAGUGCCAACCUUCCAGCUGACCCUGAUCUUGAGACUGGAUUCCCGCCUGUGGCCUAAGAUCCAGGGACUCUUUAGCUCCGGCUCUGCUUUCUCUCCUGGUUUCAGUCAGUCUCUGAAGCUCAGCACGGGCUUCCGGGUCAUUAAAAAGAAGCUCUAUAGCUCUGAACAGUUGCUGAUAGAGGAGUGUUGAAGCUUGCCACUAAUUGCUCCUGGAAGGAUGUAACUGAGCAUUUAACUCUCCUUAAGAUGGUGGCCAGCACCGAACAAAACUGGGAAGGCAUCUUACUUAAAGGGCUGUGGAACAUAAGCUGGUUUUUUGAGAUGCGGAUCCACAGCCACGGUAGGUUAGGUUAGACAGAAGUUUGAUUUACAGAGGUAGUAGGCAAGUAGUCAAAAGAAGAAGGCAAGACUUGAGAAUAAAACUGCACUCUCUGCUUUUUAGUAAUUCUGACAGGGGAAGAAAUGUCCACUCUUGACUAGGCCUGGACACUGUGCUAGCUUUAAAACUCUUGUCUGAUUAUGGGACAGUUUUCUCUUUGACUUAAAGAAGUACUUUUCCUGACAGCUGGUGUUAUAACAGCAGCAGGGCUGCCAAUAAGGGUACAUGAAGG